AUGAACGUCCUAACGCGAAAUUUCGCACAAAAUCUGUUGAAAUACAAUGGUGCCGGUCUUAUACAGGCGGCGGCAAGGAGCUUCAGUACACCGGCGUUAGAAGGGAAAGAAAUAGAGAAACUAGUGAACAACAACAAAGUGGUGAUUUUCAUGAAAGGCAACCCGGAUGCACCGAGAUGCGGAUUCAGCAAUGCAGUGGUACAGAUUUUGCGGAUGCAUUCGGUUAAAUACGACAGUCAUGACGUGCUGCAAAAUGAAGCGCUCCGGCAAGGCAUCAAGGACUUUUCGAACUGGCCCACUAUUCCGCAAGUUUUCAUCAACGGAGAGUUCGUGGGCGGAUGCGACAUCCUGCUGCAAAUGCACCAGAACGGCGAGCUAAUCGACGAGUUGAAAAAGGCUGGCAUAGAGAGUGCUUUGGCGAAGGAGGCCGAGAAGUAG